AUGUUUCGUCGCCAUUGUGUAGUUGUCGAGUGGAUGUCUCAACAUUCUGAAUUUGAGUGGAUAUUAUUUAUUGAUGGGGAUAUGGCUGUUGUUAAUCCAAAUCAUUCUUUAUUUGAAUAUAUUAAUGGAGAACAAAUUAUUUUUAUUGAUAGAAUAUUCAAUCAUGAAAUAAUGGCAGGCAGUUAUUUAGUGAAAAACACAAUUUAUGGUCGAAAUUUUCUUAAUACUUGGGUCAAUUAUUUUUACAAAUUACCAAAAAGCUUUCACGGAACUGACAAUGGAGCUAUACAUGGACUUUUUAUGGAAAAAUUUUCUUCACAAGAACACAGAAAUAAAUGUCAACAUCUGUGGGAAAUAUCUAAAAAUUUUGGAGAUCUAAACACAUUCACAGUUUGUGUUCGUCAUUUUCUUGAAAAACAAAUGGUAAAUCGAACAUUUGAUGAAGGAAAAGUUAAAGUUUUCCCUAAAGCUGCAGGAUGGGCAAGGGAUGGCGGACAUACUGGGACAAAAUUUUCAACAAAAGAUUUUAUUUUUCAUGGAUGGAAAGCCUCGUAA